AUGUCACUCGAAGGUACAACUUUAGGCAGUCCUUCGAUUGCAGGAUCCACAAUGAACAGUACAAUACAGGAACCUCCCACUACUAAUGAUGAAGGCGCACCUGAGACGAGGUGCGAUAGCAGAAAAGACCAGAUCCUUCAAACUAUCGACCAAGCUUGUAACCAACUGCAGAGAUUGAUCGAUCACCCUGCUCCUACUCUCAAUCAGUACAGCUUGGCUGCCAGUAAACUUGCCAUUGACCUUUUGAGAGAAACCCAAGAAGCCUCUGGAACCAUAGAUUAUGAUCGUUUCAUCAAGGAUGGAUGGAUGUCAAGUCAUAUGCAAGUCUACCAUAGGACAGUCCAUCCGACUAGACUUCAGUGGAUCAAGAAACGAAAAACGGACUGGAGUGAGGCGUCUCGAAAUUCAGCUCAACAAUCUCUUGAGCUUGAAUUGGGAAUUCCACUCCCAACAGCAGUUGAAACAGGUCUGGACUUGAUUGGGAAAUCUAUCGCUUCUGAAUCGCAACAACUCCCACCUGACAAAAACGAUCCUUACCAAAUGACCUUCCUGUCUGAUCUGGUAUGGGAUUACGUAUCCAAACGAUUGGUCGAUGAUCCAACGUAUUUUGAAGAUACCCAACAUCGAUAUACGGCUUAUCAGACUGAGUUUGAACGAGAGAUGAGGUCUCAAGAGCAAUCCUCUCAAAGUGCCAAGCCUAAGAAACAAUCUUGGUAUAGGAGAGACGGUCAUUUGGGAGUGCCUUAUUUAUUCAGAAUCAAAUUAUGUUAG